GAAAAAUCUGCGCAGCAGCAGAUGCUUUUCCUCCGUCUCUUGGGACUUUGCCUCUUCGUUUUGGCUCAGAGCUUUGGUGGUAGCUUGGCGAUCGCCCUGAUCCCUGAGGCGCCUCGUUGCGAGGAUCAAAAAUCCACCUGUGAGGUGCAUCCUGAGGCCGUUCCUCAGCACACCUUAGUGCAGAAAACCACAGCCACACGGCGAGAGUUCAUAGAGUUGGCGGAGGUGAUAAACAAAGCCACGUUGGCUCAAUGGCGUUCUGCUGGGUUGACAGCUGCCAUUGGUGAAACCUGGGUGAAACCUGAGGUGGCUGAAGUGGCACGAUUCAUGCAUCUUGGCCGUCAGGAGGCAGAUCGUCUCCGAGGUGCCUUGGGCGUUGCAGCUGCUGCUGCUCCUGCCGGGGUUGCGGCGGGGGGUGAAGUUGUUGUUGCAGCUGGGGCGGGUGGAGAUGCGGGACAAGAUGGUGACGGUCGGGUAUGGGUACUGGCUGAAAUGGUGAUGGGUAAGAAGAUAGGUGACCGAGUGGUACCACCAGUGGGACACCCAUGUGAUGGAGAUGUUGGGCUGAUGCGCAUGGUUGACUCCGAGGGGAUUGACAAACCUCGACUCAUUCAUCGUGUGGCAGAGUCGGAGCUGAGUGACUUCUGUGAUGUGCGAAUUGGCAUGGCGCGGCUUUCGGAAAGCUGUGAAGGCACAGAUCGUGCAGCAGGAGAAGAUGCUAGGACUCUUGAGGUGAAGUAUGGGUUCAAUGGUGAGCGCCAUCGCUCCUUUAGGGAGUCUGUGAAAGAGCUGCAACAAACAGAAUUUGAAGACUUUCCUUUGGAACCAAGGAGGCGACAACUCAUUGCGGAUGCCCAUGCAAGCAGCCCUGGCCAACCUUCUUACCUUGGAGCAGAACAUUACUUAGGUGAUACCUACAAAGCUGGCGGUGGCAUUGUUGUUCCUGCUUUGACGGAUUAUGUCAGUCGGAAGAUGCAGGCGCAAUCUCAGAUUUUGAAGGAGAAGCGCAAACUUGCUGAGGUGACUGGUGGCAAAGGCGGCAAAGGCAAACCUAGCAGCCCCCCGAAAGCGCCCCCUCAGGGGAAGCCAAGUGGGGGUGACUUGCCUUUGAUUCAGUGUCUUGCCAUUCAGGACAUCAUUGCUGCUGUGAAACGUUUGGGAGCAGGGCCUCCUGCAGACAACUCAGGAGCCUCAAAAGCGCUCCGGGUGGCUGCUUCUGGUUAUCUUGGGCCAGAAGUUAGCGUGGGCGAUGUGGUUGGAAUGGACUUCAGCUGUUUGUCCCUGCCUAGUGUUGGUACAGCCGGCGUGGACCUCCUUUCUGCCUUGGAUGAGCCGACUCGUGGUGUGGUGAGUGAGUUUGAGGAUUAUUUUUGCCUUGGCUUCGAUGUGACGCGUGAAGAGGCAGCUUUGAUCUCGGGCAGCAAUAGUUGUGAUUUUGGUAAGGAUCUUUGUGAAGAGGCCAAACGAAAGGUCACACAGGAUUUGGGUGGUCUUGGUUUUUCGAUACAUGAGGAUGAACCUGCGUCUACUUCUUUCUUCACCUUGGGUGGGGAGGUUGAUGGUGAGGGUUAUGGGAUUUGUGAACGGCAACUGGGUUGUGAAGCAGUUGGGCAGCUUGGCAGGUGGAAUGAGAGAUGGCGUUUUCGGCGUCUACCGCCGGAGGAGUGGGCUCCGCGAAGGCGGGCUAUGGGAUUGGAUCCGAUUGCUGAUGUGGAAACGGUAUUAGGGGGAAGAUCCGCCCGGGUCCUUUCCAGUACGCAGAUGGGUGUCAAAGUGAGCAAGGCUCACACGUGCCGAGUGCUGAAGAAGAACACAGCACCUUCAGCCAAAGUUCCCAAGGUGAAGAGUGGACAGCUGCAGAAUGCAACUCAACCUGUGAGCCAGGCCGCAAAGAAGCGAGUGGUGAAGGUAGAGCUGAAGAAGAAGCAGCCAAGAGAGGUGCGAGUAGUGAGUGCCUUGAAGUCGGAGGAGGUGAAGGAUGCUGGAAAGAGAGCCCAGUUGAACCGGUUGACAAUUCUGGAACAGAAGUCAAUCUCGACCGAGGUUCGACAUCAGUAUCAAUCAUUCCUUCUCAAGUUCGAGAGUUUCUGCCGGGACAGCGGGUUAAAAUGGCCGUUAGUGAAGGAUGUCGACGCCAUUCUUGCAGAUUUCUUGGACGUGAUGUUCCUAGACAACCGCCCGGCAGCCGAAGGAGAGAAGGUUGUCGCAGCAGUGGAAUUCAACAACGUGAAGCUCAAAGGUUGUUUGGUGAGAUCGAAGAGGGCACUACGUGGUUGGCGCAAGGAGCGCCCUCCCCAGAGCAGGUUGCCUCUCCCUCGUCUUGUGGCAGCAGGGAUGGCUAUGGUGCUGGCGAGCCAAGGGCUGAAAAGCAUGGCUUUGAAAGUCAUGCUGGAUCACGACACCUACCUACGUCCUGGCGAAAGCAUAGACAUUCGUUGCAAGGACGUCAUCCCACCAGUGGCAGGAGCAGGAAAGCAGUAUCGCUGGUACGGGAUUGUGGUGAGAGAUAUCGUGGAUCAGAAGCCCGACAAAGCAGGCAUCUACGACAACACCAUUGCCCUCAACAGUCCAGGCAGGGAGUACUUGGGAGAUCUCAUGUGGCAGCAGGUGAAGAUUGCAAAGAAGACAAGCGAGUUUGUGUUUCAGUUCACUGCGGCAGAGUUCAGAAAGAAGUUCCAGGCUGCAGGAGAACGUCUUCAGCUGAAGAAUCUCCACCCAUAUCAAUGCCGUCACGGAGGAGCAUCAGAAGACUUAAACAGUGGAGACCGCAAAGCUGCGAAUGGACUAUAUCGCACCUUGCUGGCGCAACCGUAUCCUUGGGCCUUGGCAGACUUAAUUGCGGGGACAGUGGUUGACGACAAGUGGAAGUGCUUCAAUCGAAUGCCGUCUUUUUCGUAUCAAGUUCUAGCAGCUCCACCUCCAGUGGGAAAACUCACCGACUGUGGACGAUUUGAUGAGGCCACAAGUGCUGCAUCUCGAGAGUUGGCUGACAUGGCAGAGCUUGCCGGGC